AGCAAAUAUGCUUGCAGUGUUGCUCAUUUGCUGCAUGCACCUGGGACAUGCCACAGAGCUGGAAACGAAGCCAACGGUCACCCAAGUUGAGCCAGUUGCAACAACAAAACUAACAGCCAGCGUUGAGGAGCCAAAAAGUAAAACCGAAAAACGUGAUUCCUCCGACCAAACAGCUACCGUGUACACCAGCAAGCCAGCCAAAGAAACGCCAUUCCGUUCAAUUUUCCCAUCGGCAACAUACUACGAGGCCGCAGAGAGCAGUCCCAUCUUUGAGCCAACAACGUUGCGUUAUACGGCAGCCGAUGCAGCACCGCAGAGCUACUAUGAGAAACCGGCAAGCGGCAGUCUACGCUAUGUGGCACCAGCAGCUGCGGGGCACAAGCAUCCAACCGCCUUGGGUAGCCUUCCAGGGCCACUGCAAUUUGCAACACAGCAGCAUAUACAGCAACAGCAACAGCAACAGCAGCCGCAGCAGCAACAUCAGCAGCAUCGCUUCAGAUUUGCAGUGCCGCCACAAGUGGAGCUGUAUCAGCGGCCGGUUGUUAAGUUGGCAGCACCACAACAGCAACCAUUGCAAUCCAUUUACAGCUAUGGGGAGCAGGCGCCAACACUUUAUGAACGUGCCGCACCGCCGCAAUAUCAAUUGGCAGCAACAGCAGCCACGCAGCAACAUCAGCCACAGCAACGUUUUCAAUAUAUUAUUGCCAUACCGCUUUCGUACAUGAGACAGCUGCAGCAGCAACUUAGCGCCGGCUUGCUACCAGUGCCACCAAGCAGCGCGGCCAGCGAGAGGAGCUCAACCACUAGCACCAGCAGCACAACCACCACAUCCACAACAGCACCAGUACCAGCAACAGACACAGCAACAACACAGUCAACCGGCGCCGCUCGUCAUCCGAUCAUGCAGCUGUUUGGUCCGCUGGCUCGCGAUCAUCAGGGCAUAUAUCGUCCAUAUUAUCAAUCGGAUGCCGCCAGUGCCCCAACCGCUAUACCCAGUCCAAUUGAUGGGUAUGGCCAGCACUAUGUGCAGGUACCAGCCAAUGUAUUGCUAGCUGCCGCACAGCAACUGCAACAGCAACAGCAACAACAACAUCAGCAACAUCAACAACCACUUCAAGCUCUGUAUCCCAAAUCAACCACAUCGCCAGCAUCCAUUUAUCAACCAUCGCUCGUCUAUCAGCCACAUCUACAGCCACAGCAGCUUCAGCUGCAGCGCUUCUAUCAGCACCCGCCAAUGAUCUUUGCCGAGCAGCCAAUGGGUCAGCAAACCACCUCUCUGUACGCAUAUCCGGUACACCAGCAACAACAGCAACAGCAGCAGCACCAACAGGGGCGACUGUUGCGAUUGGGCCUCAAGCAAACGCAGCAGCAACAUCAAUAUGUGGCCACACCAUCCGCAGCAACUCCUUUCGCAUCAGUGCCAGCAACGACAUCGGCAACGACCACAUUGCUGUUGCCCCCAGCAACAACAGCAGCAGCAGCUGCCGCAGCUGCACGUGAACAGCAGCAGCAGCACAAUCAAGGAGCACCCAUCGUUCACUACAAUCCCAUUUAUGUGCAGUCACCAGCCGAACACCAGCAGCAGCAGCAGCAACAUCAAUUUGCAAUAUUGCCACGUUUUAGCAAUAAUAACCCAAAGGCCGCUUACAAUCUAGCGCAUGAAUCAACGCCACCAAUUCAUGUUGUCAGAUUGGCAGCUGCGAACGCAUUAGGACACCACCAACCACAGACGAUACAGCAUUACCAGCCGUAUCAAGCAACCCUGCAGCACCAACACCAGCAGCAGCAGCAGCAACAACAGCAACAGCAAUUCUAUCAGACCCAUGCUGGGCCGCUGUCCAACUACGUCGAGGAGCAGCAGCAACAACAUCAUCACCAUCACUCACAUAGUCCAGUCUCGCCAGCUAUUAUACCAUACUUUAGCCAUCCGGGCGCCGUGCACUAUGGCACACAUUUGUAUCAUCCGGUGGCUGGUGCAGCCACAGCGUUAGCAACUAGCACAAAGCAGCAACAGCAACAGCAACAGCAACAGCAGCAGCAGCAGCAACGACUGGCGGCAGCAACAACCGCAACAAGUGGAAGGUUGUUGGGUGACAAUGGGGCUAGCGGUGCAGGGGUCAAGCAGCCAACAACCGCCACGAAUAUUGUGAAAUAUCCCUAAGCAGCAAUAUCAGCAACAGUAGGAGCACCAACAGCAGCAGCAGCACAGCAGCAACAGAAAUGAAGAGCACGCCGCCAGCAAAAAGUUUGCUAGCAGCCAUUUUUUUAUUGUGUGUAUAUAGAAAUGUUGUCAUCGGGAGCUCGUGGGACUUGCGGUGAUACUACUGGCACUCUGCUGCCAAAGUAGCAUAG